UCUUGCGGCUCACCAAGAUCAAGCCCGCGGUAGAAGAGGUGGCUGCAAAGGCAUGGGAGGGCACAGAGAUUGGCGGCGAGCGAGCCACGAGGGUUGAGCGAGUGCUUGAUGUGCGGCAGGGCGAGUUGUGCUGGGUUGCGGGAACGGUUUACAUGGACAUGCGGCUGAAGCCCAACAUCCUUGAGGAUGUAUCCAAAGAUCGUUGGCUUUCUGCGCCCAUCUCCUCGCAAAAGUACUACUCCGACGACGGCUCCGAUCAGAUCAUGCUGGAAGACGACUCAGGCCGUGUCCGCUUAGUUGGCGACGUGCUCAAUAAUAUCCCACUUGUCACCGGUUGCAUCAUUGCCGUUAUGGGCACCGAGAAUACAAACGGCGAGUUCGAGGUCAUUGACCUCAAGGUUCCUGAUUUGGCCCCUCAGCCAGAGCGCUGGGCCCUCUCCAAACCACCCACGGCGAGCGGCAAAUCCGAAGGCGAGGAUACAGAAAUGACAGACAGCCCUUUGCAGAGCGGCGGCAAGAAGAUUGCCAUCGUAUCAGGACUGUCCUUUUCCGGUACCGAUGCGUCAUACGAUCUUGAGCUGGAUCUUUUGUUGGAGUAUCUGCUUGGAGAGGCACUCGGCCCCGACGAGCAGGCCAAUGCUUCACAAAUCAGCAGGCUCAUCAUCGCCGGCAAUUCUAUUUCCACCGUCAAAGAAAAGGACGACGACGAAGGCGGCGAAGAUGAAGACGAAAAGAAGACGGUGCAGAAGAAAUACGGCUACGAUGCCAGCGCUUACAACCCCGUGCCAUCCCAGCUCUUUGAUCAGUUUGUCUCGGAGCUGCUGCCUUCCAUCCCUGUCACCCUCCUCCCCGGCGCUCAGGAUCCCGCCAACGCAAGCUACCCUCAGCAACCCGUUCACAGCGCCAUGUUUCCCCUUUCUCGAGCCUAUGCAGCAGAACUUGGCGCAAAGGCAGCAUCACAACCUGGGUGGUUCGACCCUGUCACAAAUCCAUGGGAAGCAGAGGUAGAAGGAUGGAGGAUAUUGGGCACGGGCGGCCAAAACGUGGACGAUGUGUUUAAAUAUGUCGAGAGCGACGACCGGUUAGGCAUGAUGGAAGCCAUGUGCAGGUGGAGGUGCUGUGCUCCCACCGCACCCGAUACAUUAUGGAGCUAUCCAUUCCAAGAAGAUGACCCUUUUGUCCUCAAGACCUGCCCCCACGUCUACUUUGUCGGCUGCCAGCCCGAGUUUGCAACCAGAGUCAUUCACGGCCCUGACGGCCAAAGUGUUCGACUCAUUGCGGUGCCGUCGUUUUCGAAAACGAAGGAAUUUGUGCUGAUGGAUACGGAAACCUUGGAAGUGACGAGGGUAAAAAUUGCGUCGAGAUGAAGCAUGCGAUGAAUUUAAGAAUCACGAGAUGUAUAUCUGUGCAUCUUGAUAUAGAAGAGAUAUUAAUAAAGCUACAACGAGAUAUGUAUGGCAUAGAUAAUUCAAAUAGAGCACAUUCUUUAAUAU